AUGCAUCAUUGGGUGACGGCCACUGCUGCGACCAUGAACUCCGCCGAAAUACCAUCUGUUUGUGAGAUGUGGAUUGUUGACGUACCCGAGAUGGCGUUUGAGUACGAGCCACUUCUACACACAUUGCUCGCAAUGAGUGCAGCACAUCGCGCCAUAUUAUAUCCGGACGAGGCAAACUCUCUGCGGCCCACUCAACAUGCUUAUAUUGACUUCGCUCUUCAACAGCAUCGCUCCUCAACGGCUGAUCUAGAUGGAAAUACCAGUGAAGCAGUCUGCAUCAAUGCUGUGAUGCUCUCUUUGUACACUUUAUUCCUCCGAUCUGAACCUUCCUCGGGCGCCUAUGAGCCUCCAAUAUUAUGGUUGUUGGUCGCACGGGGUAUCCGAACAGUUCUCAAGACUGUCUUUCAUCAACUCGUCGAAUCAAACUCCAAGAUCAAACCCUUGUUGUUGACGGAUCCACUCCGUUUUGAUGAAGGUUUGAGUAAAUUCAAGGGGCCCGCAAAACCAUUCCAUUUCAUCCUUGAGUAUCGCCGAGAAGAAGAAGAUAUGGACGAAGGCACUGAAAGAGCCUACUUGGAUAGUGUCGAGUAUAUCGAGUGCCUCUAUAUGGCCUCGAAAUCCGAUAAUCCUUCGUGGGUUCUUCGAAAAAUGUUCACGGGGUUUCCACCAAUGGCCCGCCGGCGAUUUGGUGAGCUGGUUACGGAGAAACGCCCACGCUCCCUCGUAAUUUUGGGGUAUUUGUUCGCCUUGGCCAAGAAAGUAGAGAAUGUUUGGUGGCUUCAAGGAAUUCCUGCGCGAGAGGUUCGUGGAAUCGACAGCAUUAUGCCGACCGAAUGGAAAUGGACCAUGGUCUGGCCACUUACUCUGAUUGCCGAGGACUCUUCAGUUACAGCUGAAGGGGAUAAGAUUUCAACUCCUCCGGCUGCACUAAUUCUACCUCAUGCUUCAUCAUAA